AUGGCACUUAAAGAGGAUUCUGCAAUUGAAAUUACAAUCACUAACUUUAACACCUGUUGUCGACUGUGUUUAUCAUCAGACGAUUCUGAAUAUUUCGAUAUAAGCAAUGCCUGGCUACCAUCGCAGCGCGAUGUCAGCAUACUCGAAGCGGUAAAAAAGAUCAUCAAUAUUGAGAUAUCCCUCGACGACAAGCUGCCUUCUAGAAUUUGCGGGCAGUGCUCAUCCCGGUUGAAUGAUGCGUAUAGCUUUGUGCGUGAAACUGUUCGUAAUUACGAAAUGCUUCAAAGCUACCUUGAUAACGAGUAUGCCGAAGGUUUCUGCGUAGAGUCCACAAGCAUCGACGAUGAGAAUGAAGACGGUGAAUCAGAAUCGCUACACGACACAAUUUCAGAACCUCCUAAAUCAAACACAGCUAGCGUUCUGCAACGACCAGCGGUGGAGAAAAUUAGUCAGAUGCGUGAGCAAGAAGAGCAGAGAGAAGAAAAUCAAAGCCAAAGCAACAAGAACUCCGAUGGAGACGAUAAGCAAAAAUCCUCGAAAAAUACUUUAACUGCGGUCGAAAUAAUCUUGCAGCAGAUGAACUGCCCCCGCACGAAGCAGCGGCGCACGGGAAAUAACUAUGUCCCGAAGGAGUAUAGCUGCGAGAUGUGUGAUAAAACGUUUCGUCGUAAAUCGAACCUCAUUGACCAUCUGCGCUUGCACGCACAGCUGAAAAUGUACGCCUGUGACUACUGUAACAAGCGGUUCGUGCAAUCUGGCAAUCUAAAGGCACAUCUGAGAACACACACGGCUGAGAAACCGUUCCAGUGCAACAUGUGCGAUAAAGCUUACUCCCAAUCGAGUGCACUAAAAACGCACAUGCUAAUGCACUCGAACCUUAGGCCUUUCGCGUGCGAUAUAUGCGAUAAAUCAUUUACGACAAGCUCCGACCUUUCGAAACACAAGCUAACACAUUCGAAAGAGAAACCUUUCCGCUGUAUGGUUUGCCCCGAUAGGUCUUUCGCCCAGAAAGUACAUCUACGAAAUCACAUUGUCAGAAUGCACCCGACAAAGAACGUUGCAUUGAUGCUGGAUGCUGGCACAACGCAUUGAACCAGGAAAU